AUGGCAAGAACGAAUGAAGAUGAAUCAAAGGAUGCGUCAUGGUAUCUAGACUCAGGAUGUUCGAUCCAUAUGACUGGAAAGAAAGAGUGGUUUGUGAAGAUGAAUGAAGUGCUUGAUGGAAAAAUCAAGUUUGCUGAUGAUAGGAGUUUAAUGGCAGAAGGGUCUGCCAGAGUUGUUGUUCGAGAUACAGAUGGCAGAGAAGUUGUGAUAGAAGAAGUGUUAUAUGUGCCAGGGCUAAAGACCAAUUUACUGAGUUUGGGCCAACUUUUACAGAAGGAUUUUGUGAUAAGGAUGGAGGAUAAUAGCCUCAGCAUAUUUGACCAAAGUAAAAGAUUGGUUAUUAAAGCAAACUUGUCAUAA